AUGGAGGCUGCCGGUGAUGAAAUUCUGGACGCUUUAAACAGCGAAAACGGUAAACUGGCGGUGCGAUUGAGUGGGAAACUGUGUGCUAAGUUUCCAAAGGCAAGCUAUGCCAAGAUCUUGGAACAAUACGUGCGGUUCCGGUUGAAUAGUAAUAAGGGUAAUGAGGUUACAUCGCUGGAACAAACACUGGCAAAUUGCGGCGUGCCAAGCGACCUUCGGUCGCUGGCACUGCUGCAUCGAUUUCGUCUCGAAUUGGGCCAGCCAGAUCGUGCGUUGGAAGCGUACAAACUGGCAAUGCAAAAGUAUCCAAGCGCAGAUAUUGGCUACGCGUGGUUUUGUAAAGCCAUUGAGGACUCCAACUAUCGAAAUAUGGCGCAAUCGUCGUUCCAGCUGCGUCGCUGGGCUCAGGACCCACGUAUGGUACAAUUUUGGUACGCGCUUUCCACGGUUGUAUCCUUGAAACUCCAGGCUGACCAGUUCAGUACGAAAGAACGCCAGCUGAAUGCCAUGUUGGCUUACAAAACCAUCGAGACGCUCAGACCUUUCCGUUCAGAUCAGGAAAGGGUCAUUUUCUGUCACGUUUGCGAGGUCUGCGGGGAUAAGUCUCGGGCAAUCGUGGAUGAAUUGCUUCCACUCUUUUUGAAUGACACGGACAAUGAGUUUUCCGUUGACCUGUAUCUCAAAAACUUCCUUUUAACGCAUCUGAAGGCCCUGGAGGAUCAUGCCAACCUAAUAGAGGUGUGUAGGCGUCUUUUGACACUACUUGACGAUUUCGGGCUAUUGACGCAACUCAUCGAGAGCGCGAAAAUACGCCAGAUACCGCGCAAAGAAGUAGAGAUUAUCAUAAAAGCACGCGAUUCCAGAAAUCAUCGUCUGGCGUAUUUGCAUAUGGACUCAGUGUACUGUGAAUCCAUCUCCGAAAAGAGCCUAGAGCAGUACCUUGAAAGGUUCCACGACAAGCCUUGUUGCGUUUCCGAUUUAAAGAGUUAUGGAGAGAAGCUUACAUCGGAAGCGAUUGAACAAAGCUUUAAAAAAUUCGAAAGUGGGAUCAUGCACGACUGCAACUACUCUCGACUCACCGAGAUCCAAGAUUCAGAGCAUUUCAUAACGCUUUUUAGGAAAUACAAAGGGGAUCUUGAUGCAAAACUCAAGACAGAUUACUCUCCUUGCUCGUAUUUCAUACUGAAAAUUGUUGAGUCGCUGAUCAACGAUACAAACAUUACAUUCCAGAAUUUGUUGGCUAGCAUUGUCAUUUUAGAGCAAUAUCAAACUCUCGAUCCAUACAACUUCGAUACCAGAGUUUGGUUGGUCGUUCUUUAUAAUCAUCUGGGGUGUCCCUCUCUGGCCUUCAGCCACUACGCACAACUCAAGGUCAAAAACUUACAGGUAGAUACCAUGGACUUCCUGAUGACCACAAGAUACGCUUCACUUUUCCCCGUUAAGGGCCAUACUUUCUUUGAGCAAGUUGAGGCCAGCGACAACGUUUACGAGUCGAUUGAUAACCUUCCCCGAUUCAUUCAGAUUGCGUUUGAGCGACAAAGCUAUGGGAAAAUUCUAGGCAUGCUCGAACUACACGAUAAAAUAGCGCGGUCGACAGGGCGGUGGUCUAAGCAGGGCGAGCGCUUGUUGCAGGCGCGUCUAUUUAACGACAAACGCGGUGGACUGUUAAGAAAGUUGAACGACUCCUGGCGUCAUCUAUGUUUGUACAAUCUCAACCACGGAAUAUCCGUUGACAAGAAUAUGCCUGUUGAACUGAACGAUAACCGCGAUUUCUCGGUACUAGGCCCCAUGGCAAAGAGCUGCACCGUAGUUACGAGCUACCUACGACAGGAUAACGCUGCUGUACUUGGUGGGAACUUGCGAGAGAUGAUGAUGGGCCUUGUCGAACGAAACACUUCCAUUGAUCAGUUUAUACAGCAACAUGGCACUAAUUUGACGGCGCAAAUGACCGCAAGCGAGGCGUGGGGCCUUGAAGUGGCGCAACUCGUUUACGAAUCGCAACUCAACAGCACUAAGUCAGCCAAUCUACUUGCUAAAUUGCGUUCCAGACCUGACAUCCAGACAAACGGCUGGCGCCUGUGUCAUGACUAUCAUACACAGCUGGCGACCCUGAAAUCGCUAGACCAGCUCAAGCGGAUGAAGGACCCGGAAUGCAAACAUUUCAUCAAGUCGCAGCUCUGUCUGUUGCGUGAAAAGGGCCCACUUUUGUUCCAAGAUUACAUCUCUACGAUUUCCGCGUCUACACCCACCAAUACUAUCGUUGACAAGCUGGGACUGCAGCAGCAUGAUCUUGAUAUUGCCAACUCCGUUCGGACAAUAUUCAAAGUCGCUAGAAACCUCUGA